AUGAAAAAUCGGCCUCUUAAACACAAAGCGUCCAACGCGUUCCGUUUCAAAUCGUUUCGUGAGCGUAUCAAAGAAAUCGACGUACGACGUGGUGCGCUAUAUCGAGUGGAAACCGACUAUGAGUUGCCUGAAGACGAGAAUGGUACCUUCUUUCAUCAAUGUCUAGUAAAAUGGUCCGUACAAAAUUUGACUGAUGAGUACACGUCCUACCAACGCGGAUUCAAGGAGUCUGUAACGCUGGCGCUGCUGUUGUUCAACAAGGAUGCGAUUGUCGGUCACUUAACCAAGUGUUUGGAAAAGGCCAGCGAUGAUGCGUUGCAACCAUUGCUAGAGCUUGUGGUAGCCUUCGCGAAGGACACGCGAAAAGAAUUUCGAGCAUAUUUUGCCGAUUUGUUCGAGGUGUUGGUAAAGUUUCUGUACUCAGAUAGCGCAGAUCGUGUCGAGUGGACUUUACUAUGCUUGGCGCAUAUAUUCAAAGCUCUCCGCAGCUUUUUGCGGAGCGAUUUCAAGCAAACCUUCGAACGAUUGCUGCCACUGCUGGACGAAAGGAAUAGUCCGCCGCAUGCUACAGACUUUGCAACGGAAUGCCUCGGAUAUUUGGCACGCGAUCUCAAAGACAAAGCACCGCUAGUAAAUCUGAUGCUGAAAAGUCAAAUGACUAACGAUGGAUACACGGUUUCUUGCGGAAGGAUACUCUUCGAGGUGCUACACGGCGUGCAGGAGCAUUUCCAUACAACGGCUAAGCAUACGCUGCAGCAGUUCUACGAUAUACUGGGAGAACUACCCGAAACGGAAGCCGAUCAUCUGCAAGAAAUUCUAACACAAACGAUAACUGAUGUUAUUGAACGUAUUCAACCGGAAGACAUGCCUACCUUUUGGGAUACAACGCGAGCCACAAUCGAUCGAAGCUUGACUGCAGCGAAAAGCGACGAAACACGAGUAGUUAAAUAUUUAUCGCGUUUAUUGCAGUUAAGUGGAAUAGUGCUGGAACAUCAAUAUGCACGGUUGCUUGGAGAUGCACUAUCUCCAACGGUAUCACAACUGAUCCGUUUACUGACGGCUUUCACCGCCCCGAGCAUAGAAUUCAACGAAACGAUCGUUAACCACAUCAUAGUACUGCUCCGUUCGAAACACAUUCGUCUAACCCAACUGGAAGCGAGUCGACUCACGAUGAACGUUUUGAUGAUGGACCAUCGUCCUCUUUACGAUCGGUUCAUCGAUGCCACGGUGCAUUGCGCAAUGUUUGAAGCAUUGAUAUGGCCGAACUUUAUCAAAACGGUUGAGCACGAUCCUGAUGAUGCGCGAGUUUGCUUUCUCGCUAGUUUGUUGCUCAAAAAGGCGCCCCUGUGUGGCAACGGGCUGCAGUUGAAUGAGUGGAAAUCCUUUCCGGUGAGUGUCGUUCCUGGCGGAAAGUUUGAGAGCUGCAUGAAAAAUAUUCUGUCGAUGCGAUUGCAACAAGUGGUUGGCAAUGUUGAGCUAUACUUAAGUGCCCUAAUAAUUUUACCUCACUUAGAAAACUAUCAGCCGUUACAACUCGCAAAAGAUGCAAUUGUUAGCUUUAUUAGCGAAGGUGCACGAUCGAUUGCAAACAAUAGUGUACCUCAUUCGAAACGAGGUAUGGCCGUAAAGAUAUGCCAGCUUAUUGCAAUAUCGGUAGAAACCAUCGUACAUCUCGCGGAUUGCGAAGGAAAGGUGUGCGUUGAACUGAUGGACCAGUUACUUCCCAUCGUAACGGCCCAUGACUGCCUUUUGCUAAAUAGUGUCCAUCUGCUCGUGGAGUAUACGAGUGAGAAUAAUUUCAAUCACCUACUUACGAAUGCUCGAUUCAAGCGCUUGCAGCCGUAUAUACAUCCGCUCAUAUCGUCGUACAACAGCACAGCAAGACAACUGGCCAGUGCUAUAUUAGCUCACUUUGCAGACCUGCCAGAGCUGGUCAGUUCCAUCGGACCACUGUACAAAACGUUGGCUCAGAUCGAACGCAUUGAAACGCAGAUCCACACAUAUCGAGAGCAGGUAAUUCUUUUUCAGAACCUCGCCUACGACGGUCAAUUGUGCCAGGAGGCGAUAAACGCUGCACGAACUGAGUGGAUCGAAACAGUGCUCCGCUAUAUGAUGUCCGUUUAUGCAGUUAAUUUCAAGCUAAUCUGGGAACCUGCCGGAACGGUGGUGCAAAGUUAUGCCGAUAAUUUGAACAAAAGCGAUGAGACAUUAUUUUGGAACGUGUUUCAAAGUAUGCUUACGAUGGCUGAGAAUAGUGUUCCUCAUCGUGAAACGCAACAAGAAGAAAUGGCACCUGAGAUUGAUGAUUCCGGUGCAAGGGAGAGCGAGUCCGACGACGACGAACCGCCGGUGCAAUCUCUGCUGCUUAAGGUGAUCGAAUGUUUCGCGAAAAAUCCAACAAUCGACUACAACAACGUGCGAGUACAACAGCUGCGAAUGCUUCAGCGAUGCGCUAAUUUUUGCCGCUCCAAGGGAGAUUGUAUUGUGGAGCGCUUCUUUGCCUUUCUUGAGGCAACACCAAACCAAACGAAACCAGCUUUAGCCGACGUGGAGGAAGAGACGCUGGAAGGAGACGGCGAUCUGACAGACGACCACGGCUCGACUAAAGAAAUAAGGCGAAAAAGCAGCAAAUCUGCCGGCAAAGGUACGCAGCAGGUGUUGCUGUGCUAUUUGAAGAUUUGCACCGAGCUUACGGGAAAAUCGGUGCGCAAACACGCUGCGCGCCUGUACAGUACCUAUGAAACUCUCGUAAGCAGCCGUCACGAAGAAAUUCAAAAGACGGCACUGUGUGGCAUCUUUGCGUUGGGAGGUUCCCAAUUAACCCCAUACAAGGACUUCAUUACUCGGCUAACGAACGAUAACACCUUGAAGCAAGCGUUGCUCUCAGUGUUCGUACCAUCGGAGGACAUCGAUGGCGAUGAGGAUGGCGGGUACGCGAGUGCCAGCGGAAGAACAAAAAUUGCGGAAGAACAUCGGCCAAAGGUGGUGCAGCUGGUGUUGAAAGUGCUCGAUGGGAGAAUCAAACAAAACCUUGGUAAUGGCGGUCCGGGAGGACAGCAUAGGGCGACGAUCCUGACGUUCUUCGGUCGACUGCGUGUAGAGGAACUGGAGAUGCUUCUUGCGCGCUGGUAUGACGCCUAUUUGCAACUGCUAAAAGAAACACCUCUCGAAACGGUUCGCUCAAUCAUGGAUGUCGCUAAGGACGAUGAUGGUGACGAGGGCGAUGAUGGUGAGAGCAUUUUUCCAACACCAACUCCGUUUAAAGUGAAGACACUUCUAAAUUUUCUGACACUGAUACAGACGGAAGUUGCCCCACUCAAGUCCGCGACUUUCGCCUCUAAGGUUAUGCAUUUAAAGAUCUGUUUCGAUUGCCUGUUGAUGCAAAUGGAACAAGCGAUCUACAAAAAGUAUAAAUCGCAAACUCUUUUGGCGCUGGUAGACGUUAUCGGUCAGUACGAUGGCAAUUACCACUGGACGGAGGACGAACUGAGUGCUAUCAUGCGCGUGCACGUGUGGCCCCAUUUGGCAAAUCUUUCUAGCGACAGUAUCCAUUCGCCGACGCCUCUUCUUAGGCUGCUGAUUUGCUGGAGUCAAAGCGAACGGUUGUAUGUUCUGCUAGAACGGCGUGAAAUCGAAAGCUCUGGAAGCAAUGCGAUGGAUGUAAAUGAUACGGACAAUUCGGAAUCGUUGACACCGCUCGACGCAAUGAUUUCUCUGUUGCGAGGCCCUCAAACAACAGGUGCCGUUUGUCAGGCCAUAUUUUCCGCCCUUGCGGCCAUGCUUGGUAGCGACGAACGGACCAAGUCCAAAGACAGUGUUGAAGAUAAGCAUUGGAGUACGGAAGUUACCUUUUAUUCGAUCGAUGGGUUGAACAAGCGUAGCCGGUUGCUGCUUCCAUACGUAAAGGAUUUACUGCAGUACAUUCGACAAACAGUAAAUCGCAAGAAAAGUAUAUCAAGCGAUCUUCUGGUUAUCCUGACAAGGUUGGCUGAAUCGGGCAUGAUCGUUGGAGAUCAGAAAGAUGAGGAACAGAUUGAAAGUAACUGCAUAUCCUUGUUGAACCUUCUGUUCCCCAUACUGACGAGGAGGGUGAAGGAAAGUGCGGAUGAUCGCCAGCGUGCGGGUGAGGAUAUUCGCCGCUUGCAUAUUAUUAUAAUGCGUCUGUUAAAGGACGUAAAGGACCCGAUACGCUAUCUCAAGCAAUUGGCAUUAUCGCUGCAGAAUGUAAAAGAUCGCGCGGCUCGAAAAAUUUUAUUCGAAAUAUUUGCCAGUCUCGCCACGUUUUCACCCGAAAUGCAAUUAAUCAGUAAUUUGGUGCAUGGCCUGAACGCUAUGGACAAACGCUGGAUCGAUCAACCGGACCAACCAGCCCGUACGGCGGCCUACCGAUCGAUCGACGUUCUGCUUUCGGCGACGGCACCGGAUGGACAACGAAUAACUGGCAACGUAGCGAUCGUGUUCCUGCACCAAGCCUUCCACGUGCUGCAGUACGAAAAGGACUUUACCGCGCGACAAAAUGCGUCCGAAUACGUGUGCAAAGUGAUACUGUACCUUGCCACGGUCAACGAUUGUCCCGGUGAGUUGCAGUACUGCCUCGACCGUAUCGUCCUGCAAGGCAUCGUCGAUGGGCUGAAAGUGAAGCGCUCGACUAGCGAACGGCGAAACGAGUCAAUCCAUCUGCUCGGAGAACUUUCACGGUUGGUCGGCAAACCCGGCGUGACAACGCAUCCACAAUGUCGCCUGUUUGCUGAACUGUGGCAUUUCACGGGCCAGGGAGAUGGUGCUGAACGAGACUUUUUCGAAAACAUCACACAUCUGCAAAGCUACAAACAUCGUAAGGCGAUGAAACGACUUGCCAUCAAGCUAGCGGACAUGGCCAAUUCCACGAGCUCAGGACACGAGGGCGUUAGCAGACCGUCAGCACGUACAACGGUACAGUUUUUGUUACCGAUUGUGUCGCACUACAUCUGUCAUGAUGAGUACAAAAAGCAGACAUCCCUGGUGGAGGAGGCCGGCAACUGCAUUAUAAAUCUAUGUCGCUUACUCCCGUGGAAAAGCUAUCACGGAGUGUUGCAGCAAUACUUACGAAGGCUGAAAUUUUCCUGGGAGUAUCAGAAGCAGUUGCUGCGAAUAGUAAUUGGCAUCAUGGAUGCGUUCCAUUUCAAUCUAUCGUCGGCAUCUGCAGCGACCGAGGAAACUAAUACUACGAACGCUGCCAACUCGCUGAUGCACAACAAACUGUCGCUAGAGAACGCAGAAGAGGCCACCAUAGCAGAAGUUGAACCUGAGUCAAACAACGAAACGAACGGUGGUGAUGCUGGUGAACAAACAAAUCCGCAGGACGAAAAGGUUGACGACGAAAACGGAGAUGACGAUGUAGUGAUAGAGGAUGUGCCGGAGGAUGUUCCACUAACUAAAGUCAACCCGGCAGACGAGCUACGGCUAGCGCGUGAGAUCGUUCACGAUAUAGCGAAAACCAUUAUUCCGAAUUUGUUAUCCUCGUUCAACUUUGCCACCGAAUCCCCGGUCACCGUGUCCAACGGAGCACCCCUCGACAAGAAGGCACGUUUUGAAAAGCAAAGAGGAGAAAUGCUGAAGCUACCGAUUGCCAUCGCGAUUGUAAAGCUGUUCAUGAAGCUUCCUCGGAAGGAGAUUGAACUGAACCUGCCCAAAUUGAUUAUCAAAGUAAUUACGUUCCUCAAAUCGCGCUUUAGAUUGGCCAGAGUGCAGGCACGGAAUACGCUCGCGCACAUUACGCUUGAGCUCGGGCCAUACUACAUUUCCUUUGUGCUGCAGAAUCUGCUGGCCAUGCUGAAACGUGGCUUCCAGCGACACGUGCUCACGUUUACCGUUCACACAAUUAUCGAGCGAGCGCAAACACAUCUGGCUACGGGUUCGGUGUUAGAGAACAUUUUGCAAACGGUGGUGCACCUUUGUACGGAGGACAUUUUCGGCCAACUGAUGGGUUUAAUGAACGGGACAACCAUCGAAGGAGGCUCGUUGAAGAAAAAUUCCAUGCCCGAGGCAAAGUCCAGCCGGAAACCGUAUCAAACACUGUACAUUCUUGCGAAAAACGUGCAAGAGCGGAUGCUGGUGGAUUUGUUUGCACCAUUCCGAGCGGUACUGAGCAAAUAUCGCACACAUCAGACAGUAUCUAAAGUGCAAGAUGCAUUCCACCAGCUUGCCGAGGGUAUUGUGGUGAAUAGUUCGCUCAGCUCGGAAUCGUUACUUAUGUUCAUCUACGGUAUGAUAUCGGGGCAAAUCUACAUGCAAUGUGCUGGUGGUGAAUCAAAAGAGGACGAUGGUGAAACGAGAGGACACCCCGACAAAACUAAGCGACAUCUUGGAAGCGUGACGAAGCCCGGCAGCAUCUAUCUGAUCCCAGACGAACCGAAACGAUACGGAUCCGCUGCCGCAUCCACCAACUUGGACCACGUUCUUGUGCAUGGCGAUGGAAACGAUCACGUCUUUCUCGAAUGUGGCCUCGAGCUGCUGCUGUGCUUCGUGAAACGCAAGCAAAGCGCAUCUCGUAUUGAGCAGGAUCAGGAGCAGCUUUUCCAGCAGCUAAUAAACCCCAUCGUGCCCGCAUUGGUGCAAUCUCUCGAUUCGAAACACUCGACCAUCAUCUGCCAUGCGAUCAACUGCUGCAGUAGCCUUCUAUCCACUCAGUGGGCAUUGAAAAGCUUCCAACAACCGGAAACGAUGAGCGCGAUCGUGAAAGCUUUGUUUGAUGUGCUGCACCGUUACAAUACCGUGGCGCUUGAUGUUAACAAUCCCAACUUUGCGAUGGUUCGCGCAAGUUUCAGGGCGAUCGUGGCAAUUCUCAAACACGCAAAGUCUUACAGUUUCACGCCCGAACAGCUACGUUUGCUGGUGAUGUACGUUGAACAGGAUCUGGCGGUCGGUGGAGGACGUCAGACAACGGCGUUUGUAUUGUUACGGUCAUUGCUUGGCCGUCGGUUUACUUUUGUAGAGCUACAUACCCUUAUGCAGAAGGUGUUUGAAAUUUGCAUCCGAUCAGAAAGCGACACUGUACGUGCCGAAUGUCGUCAAAACAUAGUUGAUUACAUAAUGAAUUUCCCCGUCAUUAAAAAAGUUCAAAAUCACGUGCUGUUUUUCGUCGACCAGCUGCAAUACGAUGUAAUGUCCGGCAGAGAAUCCGCAUGUGUUUUAUUGAAAACACUUUUCCAAAAGUUGCCUAAGCAAACCGUUGAACAUAACUAUAGCUCCUAUUUCUUUGCACUCGGCGUUCGACUGGUGAACGAAGAUGCUGCCGAGAUUCGAUCACUCGUAGCCGACUGCAUCGAAACGCUUUUAUCGCGUUUGGAAGCUAAAGAAAAAAGCGAUUUGGUGAAAAUCAUCCAAGAAAUGCUUAACGAUCAAUCACGAAAGCAUUGUGAACUCGCAACGCAACUAUUGCUACGCAUCAUCCGAAGCGAGCCAUCGGCAGGAUUUAUCAGCACCUGGUUGCCAGAAACACUGCCUUCCUUACUGCGAAAUCUGGUUCCAUCUGCUAAAGGGGACAACCGAAGCACAGCAGGACAAUUUGUCAAGCCCGUCGCAUCGGUCACGACUCUACUGAGUACGGAUCCAAGCGGUGACCAUUUGAUCAUACAAACGUUGAACAUGUUUGCCGAGCUGUUGCGCCUACAUCCCACAAUGCAUACCGACCAAAAGUACACCGAAACGAUGGAUGCGUUGGCGUACACCGCGCAAUCUCUGUUGGGCAGCGGCCAUCAGUGGAUUCGCCUGGGAGCAAUGAAGUUAUUGUAUCAAAUAAUGAACGAGCUGGAUUUCGAAGCCAUACACGAGCGCAUUCGGGUCGUUAGCGAGCGUCACAAUGGGAAACAAUCGGUGAAUGAUGGCGAAAUGGACGAAGAAAAUGAUGAGUGUGAUACGGUCGCUCAAGGGAAACAAUUUUUGUAUCAGUCGCCAUUGCGCGACUGUAAAACACUGACGCUGGAUCUUUGCGCGCAGUUAACGCCCAAUGGAACCAUGGUAAACGACAGCGACGAUGAGGCUGCAGGACUUGUCACGCAGAUCCUGUUUCUGGUAGCGAAUGUGUUACGCGCGGUUCCGCUGAACGACGAUAAAGUGACUUCCAAAAAAAUCAACCUUAGCUGGCUCAUCCGCAGGGUACGGUAUAUAAUGCAGAGCGAGAUUGUAAAAACGCCUCACCUAUUUAUAUUGCGAAAACAUGCACUGCAUUGGAUGUCAUCGGUAGUAGCCAUGUUGGAUCAGGAUGUGCUGCUGAAGUUGGCCCCAUCACUGCUGAUACCAGCUAUUCGGGAGCUUACCGCGCAGGACAUCGCGGGUGAGCGAUCUGGAAAGGAUCCUUUAAAGGUGACGCUCCGUAAAGUAGCUACCAAGCUUAGCAAGGACAUCAGCAUGCGACUGGGUGUAGAUCAGUACGACAAAAUGCGCAACGCCAUCGAAGAAUCUCUGCGGCGAAAGCGCACCGAUCGGCGUGUGCGUUUGGCGCAGGAAAAGAUCAAUCAACCCAUCAUGGCGGCCCGGCGCAAGGAGGCCAAGAAGACACGCACCAAGGUGGCGAAAAAGCGCAAAGUUCAAAGCCGCGAGGAUAUGAUGGAAGUAAACGGAAAGGCUGACGAUGGUGGAUUCCUGCUGGGAAUGAAGCGCCGUGCUAGUUCUGCACCCAAAAAAGGCUUCCCGAAGAAACGCCGCAACAUGGAAGCAAUGUUUAGGGAAUAAACGACAGUUGCGUACUCUCUCGACAUCAUUUUCCGUUUGUUUCACAUGUUUUAGGCGGGAGCAUACGUUUCUGCCAUAAUUUGUGAAAUCCUCGCGUGGAAUGAUGCAUUCCAUGUGCUUUUGUACUAUACAAUUGUUAUGAAA